UAGAGAGGGAGGGUUUCCUCUCUCUCUCUCUCCCUCUCUCUUUUUGUUGCUAUCUCUGUCGUAGUUGUGUUGUGGCUGUUAAAUUUUAAACUGCCAUGCACUCUGCUUCCAGUAUGCUUGGAGCUGUGAAAAUGGAAGGACACGAUCACUCAGACUGGAGCAGCUACUAUGCAGAACCAGAGAGCUAUUCUUCAGUCGGCAAUAUGAAUCCUGGACUAAGCAUGAACUCCAUGAAUACUUACAUGACCAUGUCGGCAAUGAGCACCACAGCUAAUAUGACAGCAAGCUCUAUGAACAUGUCAUAUGUGAACACGGGAAUGAGCCCCUCUCUAACCGGGAUGUCACCUGGCACAGGUGGCAUGACGGGAAUGGGUACAGGGGUUGCCAGUAUGGCAAGUCAUCUGAGCCCAAACAUGAGCCCCAUGAGCGCACAAACGACUUCAAUGAAUGCCCUGGCGCCAUACUCUAAUAUCAAUUCAAUGAGCCCUAUAUACGGACAGUCUAAUAUUAACAGAUCCAGGGAUCCCAAGACCUACCGGAGAAGUUACACCCAUGCGAAGCCUCCUUAUUCCUACAUUUCGCUCAUUACGAUGGCAAUUCAGCAGUCCCCUAAUAAGAUGCUUACUUUGAGUGAGAUCUACCAGUGGAUCAUGGACCUCUUUCCAUUCUAUAGGCAGAACCAGCAACGCUGGCAGAACUCAAUACGCCACUCUUUGUCAUUUAAUGACUGUUUUCUUAAGGUGCCCAGGUCUCCAGAUAAACCUGGAAAAGGCUCUUUUUGGACUCUCCACCCUGACUCUGGAAACAUGUUUGAGAAUGGCUGUUACCUGAGGCGACAGAAGCGCUUCAAGUGCGAAAAGAAACAUAACCCACGAGAAGGAGGUAGCAAAAAACUAUCUGAAGGGGGAUCUAGCGUGGGGUCUGCGGCCACCAACAGCAGCUCAGAGAGCUCUGGAGGAAACGAAUCUCCCCAUUCCAGCUCAUCUCCGUGCCAGGAGCAGAAGAGGUCAUUAGUAGACAUGAAGUCAAGUCAAGGCUUGAGCCCAGACCAUACGGCAUCUCCUGUCUCUCAAGCCCAACACCUGCUCUCCCAGCACCAUUCAAUCCUGUCCCAUGACGCUCAAUCCCACCUCAAACCAGAACACCAUUAUUCUUUCAAUCAUCCCUUCUCCAUCAACAACCUAAUGUCCUCCGAGCAACAGCACCACCAUCACCAUCACCACAGUCACCACCACCAACAUAAAAUGGACUUAAAAACCUACGAACAGGUCAUGCACUACUCUGGCUAUGGGUCUCCUAUGGCCGGCAGUUUAGCCAUGAGCACAGUAACGAACAAAAAUGGAUUAGAAUCCUCACCAAUCUCAGGUGACACUUCAUACUAUCAAGGUGUGUAUUCCAGACCCAUAAUGAACUCAUCCUAAACCUACAAGGCAAUGGACUUUUUCUUGCUGGAUGUAUAUAUUAUAAUAAUAAUAAUUCCAAAAUAGUAUGUGUCUGAAAUGUUCCUUAACCCUUUGAGAGCCAUGGGUGCUGCAACCUUUUCGCCUAAAUCCCAUCGGCACCAAAACCCUCGAAUGUUUUCCCUUUAGAUGUCAGUUUGGUUAAUGUCUGAAUCCCUUUGUGUUUCUUGUUUGUUUCAUCGGAUAUAUUUUUUGUGAAAGUGACGGAUUCCUAAUAUUUCUGUGUAAAACCUGUAGUUUCUACUUAUGGACCCAAAGUAUAUAAUAUCCAUAUUGUAAAAAAAGAAGCGGAACUUAUUGGUGUAAUUGAAAAUAAUCUUGAUUUUUUUUAUUUUUGUUUCGUUUUUUUUGAAAGUAAAAUGCUUGAAACGGAUUAAUUUAUGGUUUCUGUAUACUUUAUUUAUGACUGUGUAUUCCGGUAGCACGCUGCCGGAUUUUUAACAAUCUCUAUUAAAAUCGUAUUGGCAUUUCAUUUGGA